UGAAAGGGCGUAACCCAGCAAUAUAUUUCAUAUCAAAUGUAGCUAGCUAGCUAGCCCAUAGUCAGAUUUAAGCAACACUGUCAUGUUCAAGGGAGGAAGCAGAAAAAGCCGGGUUUCUUGACCCUGACGAAAUGGAGUCUGGGCUAAAGCUCUGGAUGCUGCUGUCCCUUCCCAGACUGAGUAGAGCAGUGGUGCGCGUGAGGAGAGUGGCGGCUCAGGUCACCAAGGCAACCAUGUCUCAGAACCACAGGGACUGCAGUGUCUCAGCCCAGGCUGAGGGGGGCGCUACCACCGCGGCCAUCCUCAUCAUCGGAGAUGAGAUACUGAAGGGUCACACAGUGGACACUAACAGUGCCUUCCUGUCUCGGGCGUUGAGGAAGCUGGGCGUGUGUGUGGAGCGAAUCACCGUCAUCCCCGACCAGCAGGAGGCGAUCGCCAAGGAGGUGUCUCUCCUCUCGGCCCAGUACACGCACCUCCUCACCUCUGGGGGCAUCGGCCCCACCCACGACGACGUCACCUUCGAGAGCGUUGCCAUGGCGUUCCAGGAGGAGCUGUACCUGCACCCAGAGCUGAGACAGCUGGUACAGGAGUUCUUCGGGGUGGUGGAUGAAGACAGCCCCGCCAUGAAGCUGGCCAGGGUCCCUCGCUCCUCCAGACUCAACUAUGGGACUGAUCCUCAGACUGGGAAGCUCUUACGCUACCCGCUGGUUAGUGUGCGUAACGUCUAUAUCUUCCCCGGAAUUCCGUCUCUGCUGGAGAGGGCCUUUAAGGGUCUGGAGCACCUGUUUGCUGGCUCAGGGACCGUCUUUCACACACACGAGGUGUUUGUGGAUGCAGAUGAGACUCAGAUUGCUCCGGUUCUGACCAAGCUGCAGAUGGGCCUGGGUCGGAAGGUGGCUCUGGGCUCCUACCCUGACUGGCUGAGUAACUACCACCGGGUCAAGCUGGUGCUGGACUCAGACAGCCAGGAGGAGGUGAACCAGGCCCGGGUCAAGCUGCUGGACGAGCUGCCUAAGGGAAGCGUGGUGCCGCUGGUCACAGACCCGGUGUCCAUCGCUACCGAGGAGGUGUAUACCCUGGCCAAGAGUGGUACCCCGCUGGGUGACAAGGUGGCAUCUGCCCUGAAGACCAUAGAGAGCGCUCUGGAGCAGUACUCCUCAGACGAGGUCUGUGUUGGGUUCAACGGAGGCAAGGACUGCACAGCACUGCUGCACUUGUACCACGCAGCACUGAAACGGCGGUACCCAGACGGGAAAGACAAGGUGAAGGCACUCUACAUUCGCAUUGUCUCUCCGUUCCCAGAGAUGGAGAGAUUUCUCCAAGACACCAUCAAAAGAUACGACCUGGACUUGUUUUCAGUGGAGGGCAGUAUUCGGCAGGCUCUGAGUGAGGUGCAGGAGAGGAGAGCGGAGCUGAGAGCCGUCCUGAUGGGGACCCGGAGGACUGACCCCUACUCCCACACCCUGACCCCCAUGUGCCUCACCGACCCUGGCUGGCCCCCCUACAUGAGGGUGAACCCUCUACUGGACUGGACGUAUCAUGACAUCUGGUCGUUCCUGAGGACUCUCUAUGUACCAUACUGUAUUCUCUAUGAUAAAGGCUACACGUCUCUGGGCAGCAUGGACAACACCUGCAGAAACUCCUCCCUCCAGGUGCUGGAUGCCAGGGGCGUGGCCCACUACAAGCCCGCCUACCAGCUGGAGAACGAGGACGAGGAACGCAACUCCCGUGCGUGAACAGGAUAUGAUGUCACUUCCUGGAGCGGAGCUCUGAGACGGCGGUACCCCGUGUGCAUGGAUGGGCUUCACCUCCACUGAUGAUCUGGAAAUGAACCAAUCACAACACCAAGCUGAGAAACCCAGAGAGGCAGUGAGUCCUGUGCCCGGACACAGCAAAGGGUCACGAGGAGACAGGAGGGGAGAGAAAUCAUUCUCUGAGCGGACUGACAGAAGGCUGUGUGUGUGUCUGUGUGUGAAUCUAUGAGUGUUAGUACGUGCCUGAAUGUUAGCGAGUGUGUGUGUGUGUGAAUCUGUGAGUGUUAGUGUGUGUGUGCCUCAGUGUAAAGGUCAAAUCCUGUGGUUUGCAAUAAAGCAUUAAUCAGUUGCAAGAUU